AUGAAUCGAUAUGAUCUGGUGAAGAAGUUACCGCGUCAUGGAGAAGUCAACACCCCAGAAGUUGAAGAGAUUCGUGCUGCGUGUCAUCGAAAACUCAAAUCUAAGCUAGACAGGAAGUUCCAGCGUGUGUUUGAGGGGAUUGCUAAAGAAGGAGACCAAACUGUUCUGGAUCAGAUGUUCACAGAGAUCUACCUCAUGAAGGGAGGGGCUGCAGAGGUCAAUGAUCAACAUGAGUUCACUGACACCCAGAAGGAGGAGUACUUCAGGAAGAGAUUCAGAGAUGAGGAGCAGGCCAGCAGAAUCAUCUCCCACAUCAAGAGAUCCCGAAGCCUCCACAUCAUGUGCCACAUCCCAGUCUUCUGCUGGAUCACUGCUACAGUUCUGGAGAAGGUGUUGAAGAUCAGAGAGGGAGGAGAACUGCCCAAGACCUUGACUGAGAUGUACAUCCACUUCCUGGUGGUUCAGUCCAAACAGAAGAAUGUCAAGUAUGAUGGAAUAACUGAGACAGAUCAAACCUGGAGUCCAAAAACCAGGAAGAUGAUUGAGUCCCUGGGAAAACUGGCUUUUGAGCAGUUGCAAAAAGGCAACCUGAUCUUCUAUGAAUCAGACCUGACAGAGUGUGGCAUCGAUAUCAACGCAGCCUCAGUGGUCUCAGGAGUGUUCACACAGAUCUUUAAAGAGGAGAGUGGACUGUACCAGGACAAGGUGUUCUGCUUCAUCCAUCUGAGUGUUCAGGAGUUCCUUGCUGCUCUUCAUGUCCAUCUGACCUUCACCGACUCUGGAGUCAACCUUCUGGCUGAAGAACAAACAACAUCCAAGCUUUCUAAAUUCUUCAGAAGAGCUGUGGACAAGGCCUUACAGAGUCUAAAUGGACACCUGGACUUGUUCCUUCGCUUCCUCCUGGGUCUUUCACUGCAGACCAAUCAGAGUCUCCUACGAGGUCUGAUGACACAGACAGGAAGUAGCUCAGAGACCAAUCAGGAAACAGUGAAGUACAUCAAGAAGAAGAUGGAUAAGAAUCAGUCUGCAGAGAGAAGCAUCAAUCUGUUCCACUGUCUGAAUGAACUGAAUGAUCGUUCUCUAGUGGAGCAGAUCCAACGGUACCUGAGUUCAGGAAGUCUCUCCACAGAUAAACUGUCUCCUGCUCAGUGGUCAGCUCUGGUCUUCAUCUUACUGUCAUCAGAAGAAGAUCUGGACGUGUUUGACCUGAAGAAAUACUCUGCUUCAGAGGAGGCUCUUCUGAGGCUGCUGCCAGUGGUCAAAGCCUCCAAAAAAGCUCUGCUGAGUGGCUGUAACCUGUCAGAGAGAAGCUGUGAAGCUCUGUCCUCAGUUCUCAGCUCCCAGUCCUCUAGUCUGAGAGAGCUGGACCUGAGUCACAACAACCUGCAGGAUUCAGGAGGGAAGCUGGUCUCUGAUGGACUGAAGAGUCCACACUGCACUCUGGAGACUCUCAGUCUGUCAGGCUGUCUGAUCUCAGAGGAAGGCUGUUCUUCUCUGGUCUCAGCUCUGAGCUCCAACCCCUCCCAUCUGAGAGAGCUGGACCUGAGCUACAAUCAUCCGGGAGACUCAGAAGUGAAGCUGCUGUCAGCGGUACUGAAGGAUCCUCUCUGGAGACUGGACACUCUCAGGGUGGAGCCUGCUGGAGUCAGAUGGUUGACACCAGGUCUGAGGAAGUAUUCCUGUGAACUCACAGUCGACACCAACACGGUGAACAAGACCCUCAAACUGUCUGACAACAACAGGACGGUGACCCGGGUGGAGGAGGAUCAGCCAUAUCCUGGUCAUCCAGAGAGGUUUGAGUCCUGGUCUCAGCUGCUGUGUAGAGAUGGUCUGACUGGUCGCUGUUACUGGGAGGUCCAGACCAGAGGAGGGGUUCAUAUAUCAGUGAGUUACAGAGGAAUCAGGAGGAGAGGAGACAGUAGAGACUGUAUGUUUGGACGUAAUGAUCAGUCCUGGUGUCUGGUCUGCUAUGAUGAUGGUCGUUACUCUGUCUGGCACAAUAAGAGAAGAACCUCCGUCUCCGUCCCCCGUGUCUCUGGUAGAGUAGCAGUGUAUGUGGACUGUCCUGCUGGCUCUCUGUCCUUCUACACAGUCUCCUCUGACUCACUGAUCCACCUCCACACCUUCAACACCUCAUUCACUCAGACCCUCUAUCCUGGGUUUGGGUUCUGGUCUUGGGGCUCCUCAGUGUCUCUGAGUCCUGUGUAGGACGGAGAGUCUCCUCCUGUCUCUCACUGCUGAUCAGCUGAGUCUGGACAGGAUCACACACACACACACACACACACACCACACACACACACACACACACACACAGACACACAUAACCACAAAACCACACACACACACACACACACACACACAACCACACACAGACACACACACACAA